ACCAGUCGAAUCGGGGAUCGAAGUGAGAUUUCGUGUCCAACCGGCGCUGUGAUCGUAAAUCAACGUAAUUGCCGAUCGACGGCGCUAUUUUUAAAUCGUUAUGAUCUUAGCAUGGUCCUUUGCGGAUUAGCGCUGGAUUUGAGUGUUGAGCCCCGUGUGCAUGUGUGCCAUGAGGAGCGUGCCACUUAAGUUGAUAGUGAUGUUGGUGAUGCUCACCGGUAUGGUGAGUGCUGAUCCAGUGCCAGGCGAUGUGACCACAAUACAUCAAGACAUACGCGUGAUGCUGGAGGAUGUGAAAUCUCAUCUGAAUCGCUUCAACUCGCACUACCUUAUCAAUCUCGAGCAGCGAAUUGUAUCGCUUCUCACCACGAUGACCAGUUUGGACGCGAACGUGAAAACACUGCAAGAGAAGUCGCAAAUUUGGGACGUUUUCCAGCAUCACAUCGGAGCCUGGAGCGAACACAUCAAAUCCGUUGACAGCAAACUCGACAUUUUGCGGAAAGCCCACGAUACACCUUCACCUACGCUGGAGACGCGCCUGUCCAAUCUGGACUUUAAGGUCCAGCAUAUCUUCGAAAAGGUCGACGUGAUCAAUGAGAAGCUGCACGAUAUCACGAAAACUGUGUACGCUCUGUCAAGCAGCAGCGCGAUCAAUCGAGGCCGAAGGAACGAUCGGCUAGAGUCGGCAGCAGAACAGGCGGCGAUCCUUACCAAAAUUACCCACCUUCAAAAGCAAAUUAAUCGCAUCGAAAGCAAUGGCAACAGCAACUGCCAGAAGCAAAGCAAUGGUCAGGGAAGCCGGGCCGGAGUGUCCGCUAAAUUUCGCAAGGACGUGUCAGAUUCUGACGAGGAGAUGGAUGACUUUUUGGAUAAGCUUACGGCGAAGAAAUUGCGUGAAAUGGUUGCCAAUCGUAAGCAGUGUCGUUCGCUGGACACACUGACCGGGAUGACGCGUUCGAUCGAGGAUCGUACAGUACGCAUCUACGACCUAGAGGCGAACCAGUUCGAACAAAUUCUGUCCUGCUGUCAGCGCACGAAUCAUGAAGUGGCCACCUUCACGAACAGUGCGGAUAUUCUCCUAAAACGGAUCGAACAUCUCGUACUGGAUGUGGAUAGGAAGGUGGAGAAACGAAACAAUUUCCCUUGCACCCAUGAAGUGCCAAAUGUCGACCAAGCUGUGGAAUCCUCCGUACUAACUGCCGGUAAUGCUACAGUGGAAGAAAGCUUAGAUGCUUCUUCCAGUGUCGAUAUUGGUAGUGGCAGUGAGGAAUCUAGCCCGGUCGCUGAUAGUAACGUAAUAAGCUCAGCGACAAUUGAGCAGCAUGAGGAAAUAAGUUUCCACCAUCCGGACAAAGAUGGCUGCCAUCAGCUGCUCAAACGUGUCAGCGGUGUGUACACAUUUGCGGAGGUUGAGCUUAACGAAGCUAGACGGGAUUUUAACAGACGAUACUGUGAGUUUGCUACGGACGGUACGGCCUGGACGGUGGUGCAGCGCCGGAAUUGGUACGAUUUGCAGGAAAACUUUAACCGCUCGUGGAAUGAGUACAAGUACGGAUUUGGGGACCUCGGCUACGAGUUCUGGAUGGGGAACGAUUUCAUACACAGAUUGAGUUACGAUGACAAUGUAGAGCUGCGAAUCGAGCUGGAAGAUUUCGAAGGCAACAAGUCAUACGCUGCCUACGGAACGUUCCGCAUGGAGUCGGAAAAGUUCAACUACAAUCUGAUGGUUUCGGACUACCAUGGCAAUGCGUCGGAUGCGCUAGCGUACCACAACGAUCACGAUUUCAGCACGUACGAUCGAUCGAACGACAAGUCAAGCGGAGAUUAUCCGUGCGCCUUAACCUUCGGAAGUGGUUGGUGGUUCAACAGAUGUGCGGCAUCGAAUUUGAAUGGGAAAUACUAUCUGGAGAAUCCUCGCGACCACAAGCAUACCGGCAUACUAUGGGAGUCGUGGUUGGGAGAUUAUUCGCUGAAGGCAGCGAAGAUGAUGAUACGCCCGAGAGACGCAUGGAACAGGGAUGAGGAGCUGGCGGAGAAUGAUGGUCCGGUGGAUCCCUAAAGUCCCAACGUGUGCAUUUAUAACAAAUAUUUCAUUCAAUUGUGGCACUAUGUUAUUCUUACGAAAUAUACGGACAUUUUUAUAUUGCGCUUAUA